GAUCGAUCAGUCAUACGGAGCGUAUCAUGUUUUGCAGCUGGAGAAGCGAAAAAUAUAAAGAUCACUUUGAAUCGGGCAAAUAUGUCUGCUCAAAGUGCAAUCAUGACUUAUUUCCUAGCAAGUCUAAAUAUGAGCAUUCAUCACCUUGGCCUGCUUUCACUGAAACAGUUUCCGAAAAUAGCCUAUCAAAAUAUGAAGAAUCACCUGGAGCACUAAAAGUUUCCUGCGGUAACUGUGGACAAGGUCUUGGUCACGAAUUUCUUCGUGAUGGACCUGGUGGUAAAUCGCGUUUUUGAAUAUUCUCAAAUUCGCUCAAAUUCGUUCCAAAAGCUAAUUAAGCUGGAAUGAAUACCGUUUUUUAUACUUUAACUUUAUUGAUAGUUAACAGUCACAUAGAUAUCUUGUAAUCGAUUGCUAUCCACUAUAUGUUUUACGUAACAAAACAUAAUUGUAUGACAAUGAAGUUGAACCACACGCGAACGCUCUUUCCUAGUUUUAUUCUAUGUGUUUAUCGGCUUAAAGAGUAGCUCAUUUUUU